GAAAUCAGAACCCAUCAAUUUUUCAACAAACUCUACGAGACUUGGCUUGCGUGAUUUUCAUCUGAGAAGAUUCAGAUUUUGAGUCAAUUCGAGGUCUGAACUCGUGAAGGAUCGCAUUGAUUCGAUUGGUUUGCGGAGAGUUUCCUGGCGAAGCAGGCGAUGUAAGUCUUGCUUAAAUUUCCCAGCUUUCGGGUUGUUUACUGUUCAAGCUUCCGGCAGUUGAUUGUAUCUUUACAAUGCGGAUGUUCGUUUUGUCAAAUGUGGAGGCUGUUGGGGACUUAUCCUAGGACGAGAUAUGUCUGCAAAUGCGAAUUGUUGGGUGAUUUGACUUCCCGUGGAUUGUUUCCGACGAUUUCCUGCCGAAAGAAGUGGGGGAAAUUUACGAAUUUCGAUAGGAGGACAUGACAAGUAAAGUUUGGAGAUGGGUUUUGGGGUUGAUAUACAUAGUUGCCGUCGCCACCAUCUGGAUUGCUGCUAGUUACGUGGUCCAAUCCGUGGUUGAUUCGGGAGUUUCGCCUUUCCUUAUCACGUAUAUAUGCAACUCGUUGUUCGUCAUUUACAUUCCCAUCUUUGAAAUCGGGCGCUACGUAGAGGAUAAAUAUGAGAGUUUAUGGUUCUGGCGGAGUAGGAAGAGUGGUGAUAGUAGCUCUUUGAAAGGGUCGGGGGAGACGGAGAAGGCAAUUUUACUUGCAGAAGGUGAUUUGAGUGCUAAAGCUGAUGAUCCGGAUCCGUCCACGUAUGCGGAGGAAGGCGAAAUAAGUCAUCAUGCAAAAGAUGGUUAUUUGGGAUCUGACUUUGAGAGUGAAAGGGCUUUGCAUGAUCAAGGAGUAAUGAGUGAAGAUGCUGACAACGGAGUGGACGCAAAGGGACGUUGGACAAGGAUGAGAGUCGCGAAAGUUAGCCUUCUCAUUUGCCCAUUUUGGUUCUUUGCGCAGCUCACUUUCAAUCUGUCCCUAAAGUACACUACCGUCACGUCAAACACUAUCUUGAGCAGUGCAUCGAGUCUGUUCACCUUUCUGGUCUCUCUUGCAUUCUUGGGAGAGAAAUUUACCUGGGUCAAGCUAAUCAGCGUUCUUCUUUGCAUGGGAGGAACAAUCAUUGUUAGUGUGGGUGACUCGCAGUCAGAAUCUUCUCUGAGUGCAACUGCAUCCAACCCUCUUCUUGGAGACAUCCUUGCUCUUGUCUCAGCUGCCCUGUAUGCUGUAUACAUCACCUUGAUUAGGAAGAAACUACCUGAUGAUGAUGAAAAGCAAGGUCAAGCUAGCAUGGCUCAAUUCCUUGGAUACCUGGGGCUGUUUAACCUCUUGAUAUUCCUUCCUGUUGCCCUUGUACUUAAUUUUGCUAAGCUGGAGCCAUUUACUAACCUUAAUUGGGAGCAGGUUGGUCUAAUUAUUGGUAAAGGUUUGUUAGAUAAUGUGCUGAGUGAUUACUUGUGGGCCAAAGCCGUUCUUCUGACUACUACCACCGUCGCAACAGCUGGUCUUACCAUACAAGUUCCAUUGGCAGCUGUUGUGGAUUCACUGACUGGCAAUGCGCCUCAUCUCAUGGAUUACCUCGGGGCUGUUGCAGUCAUGUUUGGAUUUGCAGGCAUCAAUAUACCUUCUGAUGCUUUCAGCAGAUCAAAAGAAGCCAGUGUUGAUCUCGAAAAUGAAGACAUCAGUGACCAAGGGCAUGCUGAGAAAUCAGAUGCAGUUUCCUAGCACGAGGUUCCUGAGCUGACUAUGCAAUUCUUCGUGUAAAGGUAUACAAUGCUGCUGUUCCAAGGAAAAGUUAUCAGAAGGAGCAUUACUUUCUUGUUCCUGGUCUAUGACUCCCAUCCGUAAGCUACCUACCCCAUUCUACUCUCUCUGUCGUUGUAGUCACAACUCAGGCGCACAUGGAAUUGCGUAUGCUUUGAGAAUGCAAAAAAUCUUCUCAAUCUCAGUCAAGAAGUCCUAGCUGGUCAUUUAGGGCCAGUGUGCAUUAGAUGAGAGAAUAGGAUCACUCCAAAGAGGAUGAGCUUGAUCAAUCUUUUGGAACAGUGAAUCUCAGAUGAAGCGGUUGAUAUACUGCUUUCGAUUGAACUAUUGUACUAUUGAACGAACAAUGUACUGCCUGAUAAAUGCGGGUCAUUUAAUUGAUCUUCA